AGAGAGGAGGGUUUGUGUGAGGAGCCUAGCGCUGGCUGUGAAAGGCUCGGUCAGAGAGAGAGAGAGAGAGAGGAGAGGGAGCUGACUGAUGGGACCGAGCUCUCCCCGAGGGAGAUGGACAGCUCAGUGAAUGUGCAGCUUUCCAGGGGCCGAGCCGACGACCGGGAGGAUGAACUAUCUGAACUCGAUUGGUACCACUACGAUCUCUCUCGACACGCUGCUGAGGCCAUUCUCCUUUCCAAUGGGAAGGACGGGAGUUACCUUCUGAGAAAGAGUCAUGAUGGGCAGGCGUUCUAUGCAUUGUCAGUGAGAGGCAAAGACUCAGUCAAGCACUUUCAGAUUGAACGGACCGAAAGUUCAAUUAAAUUCGGGUUUAAUGAGUUUCGUUCAUUGUCGGAUUUCGUGAACCAUUUUGCUAAUCAGCCACUGAUCGGAAGCGAGACAGGGACCCUUCUUAUACUUAAGAAACCAUAUCCUCGAAAGGUAGAAGAGCCUUCCAUAUACGAGUCUGUGCGGGUCCACACAGCCAUGCAGACCGGCCGGACAGAAAGUGAUCUCGUUUCAGAGGCACCUUCACUGGGCACCAAGGAAGGGUACCUUAUAAAGCAAGGAGGCAGAGUAAAGAGCUGGAAAACAAGGUGGUUUAUUCUACAUAGAAAUGAAUUGAAAUAUUUCAAAGAUAAAAUGUCGACAGAACCAAUUAAGACUCUGGAUCUAACAGAAUGUACUGGAGUUCAAUUUGACUACUCUCAAGAGAGGAUCAAUUGUUUCUGUUUGGUAUUCCCUGAAAGAACGUAUUAUAUGUGUACAAAGACAGGAGUUGAAGCUGAUGAAUGGAUCAAAUUGAUACGAUGGAAAUUGAGUCAACUGAAGAAAGCAGCAAAAUCAUAAUUCGUCAUCUGCACCAUAAGAGACCCAGCUUUAGAUGAAAAAUUGCCAUCUCUACAAACUGACAGAUUUGGAAGUUCAUUUAUUUCACUAUAGCUUCCCUUCUUUAAUCCUCUGAAAUCAGAGCAUAGCACACAGAUUUGAUACCAGUUUAACAAAGCCAUAAAAGCAAAGUACUCAAGACCAUUUCUCCAGGAAUGGAACUCAAUGACCAGAGUUAUACAGUGUUGCACUCUCUGGAUAAAGAAUGAUUCUAAAGAGACUCCUCUAUAUCAAAUGACUAAAGUUUGGGACUUCCUCUCCAACAGAAGACUGCAGGAGAACUUUGUUAUAAACACUUAAAACAAUGAAGACGUUUCUUCUUUCAAGUGAUCGGUGAGAAUGUGGAACGUGCUGCCAAAGCAGAGAUACGUUUAAGGGAAAGGCAUACACGUGGUAAAGGAACUGCCCAAUGUUAUGCUGCUAUAAUUGGAUGAAACAGUUAUCAUUAGUCAAAAUGAAAAGGAUGAAGUAACAUAUUUAAAUACUACCUGGAACAUCUGCCCUGGCUGGUUCAACUUCAUCUGUGAUCCAUCGCUUACAACAGAAGUGAACAGCUUAAUUUAGAAAUAAUGCUUUGGCUACCAGAUGUUAUUUAAGCUUCUCAGCACUUUCUAUUUCCCAAUAUUUGCUAUCACUUUUAAGAUAUUUCUGUGUGUAAUUAUUUUUGAGUACUAAGCAAGGACAUUAGGUGUUUUUUAAAAAAACAUUUAAAUGUCAACAGUAAUUUUCUUUUGCCAUACUUACUCUCAUUCCAACUUUUUGCUGAUUUACAUUGUUUUCUCCGACAGGGAUUCCUAUGGAAAAAUACCAGCUGCAUCUAAAAAGUCAUUUGUAAAAUAAUAGCUAGUAGGUCCCCGUUUUACAUUGCUUCCUUGAAUGUAGUUUUAACAUUGAGUCAUCUGCAUUGUGCUUCAGUGCCAUCCUCAUUAAGCACAUGGCAGUCCAUGUCCUUAGAAGAGAGUAGCACAGGGACAGAUGUCAUCUUGUACCAGAGCAAUGAGAGAAUGCACUUGAGGCAAUUUCAACCUAUUAAACGCAGAGCCAGCAUCCUGAAGAUGACCUGCAGUAAAUCCAAAGGAAGAGCCAGGGUUCCUUGCCUCCAUCAAAAAAGGCAUUUUUUGCGACUCAAGCUGAUCUUAAUUUUGGAAUGCACACAGUGUACAUGUAUGGUACUCUUGGGGAUAUCUCUUGCCUGGAAUUACUGAAGACCUUCCCUGCUCCCAAUUUCAGUUGAAAAAUUGACUCCUGUCAAAAACAUAGUAUAAGCUUUCAGGAAUAAGUGAGGACUUAACAACUUUUGACCGUUUUAGCCCAAAAUUGCAAUCAGGGCUACCUACAACUACAUUGCAAAAUGUAGAGUACUCACCAUGAAAGUUUUUGUUUUAAAUUCAUAAUUCUGAAGUUGCAAAUAUUUCAGUGACCUAUCUUCACAAAGUCCGUUUAGCUAUGGUCAAGUAAUAUUGCAGGCAACAAUGGGACUGUAAGGCUUAUGAUUCAGAAGUUUUGAUUUGCAUUUUUAACUUGCCCUUGGUGCAAUUUCAAUAGCUAGCACUAUUCUGGCUAAGGCAGAGGAGAUUGUUCUUAGACUGGUGUAAAGAAUAAAAAGGUCUGAACCCAAAAUAUCCUUUUACCAUCUUCACUCCCAUCUUGAAAUCUCAAUAUUUACACACACAUUACACUUUUUUUUAAAUGUAUGGUACUUUGUGGUAAAUUAUUAAGAAAUAAAGUUGGACAUUGACAGC